AUCGCAAACGUCAAACGGCGUCCCCUUCGCUACGAUCUUUUUGUUUCCAAGCAUGCCUUGGCAACCACGUUUAUUUAGGCAACCGCUGAAAAUGUUGUUAGUUAUCCGCUUUAUUACGGUUACUAGCUGAAGCUAAGUCCGCUCGCCAGUGAUUAUUUCCUCGGCUCGAUUUCGUGCAAAGUGGUUCAAGCGUAUUUCUGUGAAAUGCCAUCGGAAGAGUGUAACGACGCGUGGCUGGAAACGUUCCGUGCUGCUGUACAGCAUCCGGAACGAACGGAACGGCAGCGAGCAUUGAAGAGCUUCGGGCAAGACUUUACCCGCGACGCCAUCAUCGCCGAAGAAUGUCCCAGAAUAUUCGACGAUACGUACCUGCACAUUCUCCGCUGCUAUGGCGAUCGGUUCGAGUCAGUGCGGACGCUUGCCGUAGCGGCAAUGGACGCUCUGCUGGGUAAGCUUCCCCCGAAUGAUUACUAUCUCGGCUGCAUCGUGCCGGUGCUGGCGAAACGUAUCGGCCAGGCCGAAACGAUCGAAGACAGCGAGGAAGUGCGGUUGCAGCUGCUGGAGCAGCUGGAAACGCUGGUGGCAAAGUAUAGCGAUCCGGACGGAAGCCGCGGUGGUGAUCCGCUGCUGAAGGUGUUGGACAGUGUGAUUGACACACUGAUCAAAAGCUUGCGCGAUCCGUUUCCGGCAGCGCAGAAAAAAAGCUGCGAAAUCGUGAUCGCCCUGGCGGAGGCCACGCCGAGUCUGCACUACCGUGCCGAAGCGCUGGUGGCGCCGGCCAAAUCGAUUCUCACCCAUCGGCACUCGGCGAAUCGUAUUGCCGCGGUGGAAGCGCUGGGUGUCCUGUCGCUGCACAUUCUCUCCAAUGGUGACUGCGUGUCGGAAAUCAUUAUGGCCGUGUCGCCGUUGCUUAUGGACGAUGUGCCCUUCGUAAGGCGUGCGUGCGGUCGGGUCGGGUGCCUGAUGCUGCAGAAGCUGCGCGAUCGGUACUCGUUCUUUCAUCGCAUCCUUCCGCUGGUGUUGAAUUGCUUGUGCGAUGAAACGGUCGAGAUGCGUGAAGACAUAGAAGCUGGUUGGAAGCAAGCAGGGGAGCUGUACUAUCGUGAAAAUGAGACUGAACUUUCCAAGGCUGCCUUGAUCGAAACCGUCCCGAAAGGGUAUCCCGGCGAACGGUACCGGCGACCUACGCUGGCCUGUCGGGCCAUUGUGCAGCGUAGUCUGCGGGUGGUCAAUUUGGUACUGCAUGAGAUGGAAGAGUGGAAGGAAAACAUUCGUCUUCACGCUACGAAGCUGUUGAAGCAGAUAGUGCUCCAUGCCGAGCGGUCGUUUUCUACGCUUUUUCUCGAGGUGAAUCCGGUGCUAGCGAAGGCGUGCAUGGACGCUGAAAAAAGUAUCGUCUCGGAGGCUCUCAGUGUGUGUGAGUUGAUGGGCAUUUUGCUUGACUACGAUACCUGGAGUCAGCAUAUGUUGGCCACGUUUAAAAAUUACCCAACAAUCGGACAGCUGCGCUGUAUGCGUACACUGUUUGCUAGCUGCGUACAGGACGAGGUCAAAUGCAAAGACGUACGAAAGUUUGCCACCCUGCUACUCGAUCCGGACGUUUGUCAUAACCACCGGGAUGCCGUCUAUCAGCGUGAGCUGCUGGAAUUUUGCAGCAUCCUUGCAUCGAGCGGACAAAAGCAAGAGGCACUGACUGCAAGGCUGGAAGAAAUUACGGUCUGUGAAUCGAACGACAGUACCGCCGGGGAGCAACAGACCCUUGAACGCACCCUGUACACUGUCGCUUUAAAGGUGGUGGCCUUCUGCUAUGGCUUAGAAGAUCGAGCAUCUGUUCGCGAUUUGGGCAUGACGGUGUUGGGACUGCUGGACAGUAACGUAGAUCGCUUGCAUCAGCACCAUUUGGCAAGCGUAUUGUGUAAAAUUGAACACCUCGAGAGCGAAAAUUCUGACGCAAGUACAAGCAUUCUCCUUCUGUGCGGCAUCGUUGCCGUUUGCGGAUUUCAGGAUUCCUAUUUCACCAUCCUGAACGAAACUCUACAGAAAGCUGUUGCACAUGCGGCACCUGAGGGGAAGGUAAAACUUUUCAGUGCUAUUUCCGUGGCAAUGCUUUCUUGGAAUGUUCAUAACGCGCAACCAAAGGAAGAUCAAAUCGCUAUGUUGAGAGCAUUAACGGAUGCCGUAAUCGCACCUCACCUGGUAUGGUCUGCGGGAAGAAGUGCUGAGUCGGUGCGAGCAAUGGCAACAGCUUGCUUUGCUUCCAUGGCACAAGGGGUCGAUCCGAAUGUCUAUAUGUCACUCCUGCCAACCUACCUGAACGUACUCUCCGGUCUAAUCGAUGAUAAUUGUAUCGCUACACGUGCCUAUAGUUUAAAAGCACUCGUGCGGCUUCAAGCUUUAAAUUUUGAAUCGCUAAAACUUAUAGCGUUUCCGAUCAUGUCGCGAUUAGAUGACCCAAGCGGGGAGGUUCGUGAGUUGGCGGCGGUGUGUCUCGGACGUCUUCAAUUAGAUGUGGCUUUGUCGGAGGAUGGGCAGCAAAACACUAUCGAUCGUUGGCAGGACAUUUUGCGACAAAUUCUGUCAGUCAUGUUUCUUCACUUGGAGCAUCCUGAAACCAAGCUGCGCUGUGCCAUUUUCGAUUCUUUGAAACGGUUGCAUACUGACAAUCGAGAAUUGAUCGAGCGUUUGGCUAGCGAUGUGCCUUCUGGAUGUUCAUACAAAAAGGAUCUCGAAACCAUCACGUCCAGGACAAAAAGUACAUGAAAACACGUAAGGGUUGGGUAUGUGUUGUAGAGGUGGGCAUUUUUAGUUGACUUUCAAACACAACUUAUCCUAUACAAAUGAAAUGGCAACUGUUCUUUACGUUUGGAGGCAAUAAUUUUACAAUUUGUUUGUGCUUAGACAAUGUUUCUAUAAUCGCAUUUCCUUAUAUUAUUUAUAUUUAUCUUCAUGGCAAAAAGGAUUUCGUUUUUUUUGUAAUUAGGUAAUGCCUGGAGAUCAAUGUUCAGCCUUAUUCAGCUUAGCAAUGCUCGUUUCAUGUUUUUGAUGGAUUCUUAAGGGCUUCUUAAAUUUUUCCCAGAACAGUGUGCGAUAUCAAUUUGUUGAACUUUGGUUUUUGAGGUGUUAAGAUAAUAGUUUGAUUUUUGGCUAUCUAAAGGAUUUGAUCCAAAGGAAUGAAUUGAUCAAACUCGAUUAUCGUUCGCGUAAAGUGAAUACUGUUGGGAUGUCGGUUCAAUGGUAAUUAGUGUGGUCAAUCUUUCAACACUUGAAACAUUUGGACUCUUCCAUAACCUCACGGAUGUGGCACACCGACCAACCAAUCUUCUGCAUUCCUAAAAUGAGGAAGCUUUGGAAGUCUGUCAGCGAUACGUUGAUCCGUGCCCAUUGGGUUCCGGCUGCGCGGCUUCUCUUCAUUUUGAUACUAUUGCAUUCAAUUUUGAUAUUAAGCUGUGCUCUGACAGCAUCAGCAACCUCCUCUGGGAGUAAUUAUCUCGUCGCGAUGCAUGAUAUCUAUCAUCCUCGAUGGAGCCAACGUUCUGACAGACGCUUUGUCCGUGAUGCCCUCUUAGACAUUUGCUGCCAGUGCAUUAGCAGUACUUCCCUGCUUUAGCUCCAGCAAUAUUCCACCGUUUUAGGCCCGUCGGACCUUUGAUUGAUUCUCUCACUGACUUAAGGGAGUCUGUCUGCUUCAUCUCUUUCAGCAACUUUGCCAGUCGUUCCGAAGUGCAAUCACCUUUAAGAAGAGCUUCAGGCCGUUUCAGGCCGGCGCAUCAGCACAAUGAUUCUAAUUUUGCUGUAGGCUUAUUACCAUGUUGGGUUACUACUGGUAUCUGGAGUUUGGGGCAACUGUCAGUGUUCCGUGAAAGUCCCUACGUUGUGAUAUUUUAACUGUUUUUACACGAAAUAAUCAAUCGUUUGUUCUCUGUUGGAAAGUAAACUCACUUCUUUAUUCACACCAUUUAUGCGUGCUUCGCUUUGCUUCGGCUCGUGACAAGUGCCUCAAAAGGGCGGUCCCCCUUUCACAGAUAUCGAUCGUGUACGUACUUUGGUACUACUUCGGCAUCAUUACUACCGUACUUUACCACGAAUUUACUUCAACUAACGGGCCUUAAGACAGUGCGUAUCCUAUUUGAGUAAUUUUAGUAUCUGUGUGCGGUUUUUAAUUACUCCUAAUUUUUUAACUUAUCUAAUACAAAUCAUGUAAAUAUAUUUGUUACGCGCACUCCGCUUAGCGGUAGUCGCUAACACAUAAAAAAAUGUCUAAGGACAGAUGUGUGCAUUGUCCUCCCGCCCGGGCCAAAGUGACAGGUGAAACUUAUUUUAAGGGAGCAUCGUACCGCGUUGCGACGAAGUACGCUUUAGCAAUUAAUUUUAGUUAUUUAUAUGUAUCUAUAUAUUUUUAUUUUUUAUAUUGCUCUGGCGGCGACACUUUGUGUUACGCGUUUUGUACACUGAAUGGUACACGAUUAUUCGCGAGCGCACACACACUCACUGUGUGUCGCUUGUGAAGCGCUACGUACCGCGAAUGAGUUUGAGAAAAACGCGCACAGAACACACACUUCGUGUUACGCGUUUUGUACACUGAGUGGUACACGAUUAUUCGCGAGCACACACACACACACUGUGUGUCGCUUGUACCUUGAUGGGCGGCUAGGAGGCCCUGAGUGGGCUUGAUGGGCGCAUAGGAAGAUAGUGGUGGUGGGGGCACCAUUUUCCUUCCGUGUGGUGAUGUUUUAGGACGACGUUGCGUCGCCUGUUGCUGAAUCGUACGAAAACGCGCCCUUUGAGGACACUCCGGAUCGUUUGCUUUGUGAUUUCCAUCACAAUUCGCACAUUUCGGUACUGUUGGGUGGACCACAGUGCAAUCCGCGACGUUGUGGUUUUGAGCGCAGUUUAAGCAUUGUUGACGCAUGCCGCAGUGCCGCGAGCCGUGGCCAAACCCCAUACACCGUAAACAUUGGGUCACACCUCGUCGUCCACCUCGGAAUGCCUCCCAAUGGACACGGAUAGAUAGGCGGGCACGAAUUUCUUUUAGGGCAGCCAGCGUUGUGGUACCCUUCUUGAGAUGAACGAGGUAUAGACAGCUUCCACUAUCUCCGUCUCCCUUGUGACGUCGUUUGAUGCGGUAGACUGCAUCUACUUGGAGUUUUUCGGCUUCUAGGGCAUCUCGAAUGUCCUUCUCGUCGGAUAGGGGUAGCCCUCGCACUACCACUUUGAACGGACGAACUCGGGGCAGAUCAUGAGUAUAAAGCUCACAAUCGGCAGUUUGCAGGAACGUGAGAAUGGUCUUGUAGUCUUCUUCAUUUCGCGUCCAACCUUUUGUGCCUACACCAACUAUUUAAUACUCAACCUUUGCGAUGUGGGUAAGCAUUUUUUGCAACUCUUGGAAGCUCUUAUUACGAUGGGUGGUAGCCACUGUGACAGCUUGUGUGGGCCUGCUGCUGAUGAUGGUGCAGUUGAAGCUGGUGGGGAGACAGUCCGUCGCUUUCUAGGUUCCACACAGAUGAAACCAUCAUUAUUUUCCAUUUCAUUCUCUGCAUCGGUGUUUUCACCAUCAAUUUUGGCGCAUUUGUCCGGCGCGUGUUUCGCCGAAUUAACGCCUUCAUCGGAGAUGGUUGGGCUGGUAGCUUCUCUCUUCUUCUUCGUCAUAGCACGCUUUUCGUUUGCUUUUCACUUUAUCGCACGAUACACAGAACACGUAUGUGAAGUUAGCUGUGAUAUGGGAUGUGAAUAAGGACACCGGUAGUUUUGUAGUUCACAUUUAACCGCUCCCGUAUCGUUCCCCAAACUAACUCCUCGUCCCCAAAGCGCGCACCGCUUUUAUAGCUUCUGCCCAUCUUCCCUCUCGCUCCGCGUUACCUGCCGUAACCGCGUUCUCCUUCCUAGUUCAUUCUCGCAGCUCUCUUUAUUCUUCCGUCGCUCGCGCACAUUGCGUCGCUCGCGCACGCUUCUUUACUCUUCCCCAUUUCACACGUAUGUACGCGACGAUGGUCACAAGCGAACUCGAAUGAACUUUUUGUUGCGCACAAACUGGUGCACAACGUUACACUUGGAACACACGGUGGCCACAAAACGCACACCAUUUUUUAAGAUAUUUAGGGGGUCGAUUUAGUUCGGAUUAAUCUUGUCCCUAAUUUUAUGUCGCGAACGCGCUGGGUUUCGUGAGUAGGUAAUAAUGAAUUUUAUUUUACACUAUCUUACGGUACGGUUGCGCACGUUCGUUCGAGAGGGGUUCGCGUUGAGAAAUUUUACGAUCGCGGAGCGAAGGAAGAGGUCUGUUCGCUUUCGAGGUUGGGUUGCAAGAGAGAGAAUGUGCUCGCUGACAGCAGGAAGUGUAGCGCUGGACACGCGGCGCACGUCACUUUGACGCAUUCGUGUGUCUGGUGAGUGCGCUCCACGGAGAUCCGUGUCUUUGUCCCUGGGUGUCACGAUCGCUCACGAUUCUAACGCCAGAUGGCGGUCUGGUCGCUACAGAUACUUUAAUCCUGGUUGUCGGCACCAAAAUGUUUGGUACGGAACCCUACGUUGUGAUUGUUUUUUUAAAUGUUCUUAAGAACUAUAGCGGCGACGCUGGCACUGCAGCGGUGGCAGCGCGGCGCAUCUCCGCUAACAGCUGCGACGGUUUUCGGUCCCCGAGGUUCAUUUCGGCGAGCAGGCGGUGCAAGCGGCUUCGUUGCGACUCUUCAAAAUGUUCAAUUAUUGCACGUUUCGCUACCUCGUAACGGUCUGUCGAAGCGUACUGUCGAAUGUUCUCUAACAGGUGACGAAGCUCCGGAAGAACACGAAGCGGUAUGCGCAUUUUCAAGAUGUUGAAACGGCGAAUGUGUUGGUUCACGGUAAUAUUCCACGCGUCGAACCAAUUUUCCAAGGCGAAGAAAAAGGUGUGAAUGUCGGUGGUGUCCAUCUCCGGUGGUUUCAACUGCAUGGCAUUCAACGUGUCGAUCUGUGAUUCGAACGGUACCAAUUUUCCAAGGCGAAGAAAAAGGUGUGAAUGUCGGUGGUGUCCAUCUCCGGUGGUUACAACUGCAUGGCAUUCAACGUGUCGAUCUGUGAUUCGAACGGUACCAAUUUUCCAAGGCGAAGAAAAAGGUGUGAAUGUCGGUGGUGUCCAUCUCCGGUGGUUACAACUGCAUGGCAUUCAACGUGUCGAUCUGUGAUUCGAACGGUACGGUAGCCUCGCACGCGGACGGCCUUCGUAUGCUCGGGGUAUUCGGGACGGGCGGUGUUGGCGCGUGAGUCGACUUGGAUCCACUCGCGGCUGGAUCGGCUCUCGGGGUCACGCCAUCGGGAGUCGAUUCCUUGCGGACUGGCGGAAUGUGCAACAUCCUUACGACUAAGGUUAGGUUUAAAAUGGUGGAUUUUACCUUAAUGGCGGUGGGAGCAAGCAAGUCCAGCUGAGGUUGGCUAGGUCGGUCCUUCGGCGAAGAAAAAUUCGCACACGCGGUCGAAUGUGUUGGGACUAGUCGGUCGUUGGCUGCAUUGGAGAGGAAUCUUUUCCGCUGGGACUGGUCGCUCCGUCGGGGAAAAAGUGUUCCUGUACGGUGUUCCUCACUAGCUGGCACCUUCGGUGUCGAUUGGAACUCACGUUCGAUGUGUAUGCGCGGAGGGGUUUUUUUCCGCUGGCCAAUCGUGGUGCCUCUUUCGUGGUCGGCAGCUCCUCGAUGACGGGGGGAACGUUUCCGUUGGUCCGGACCGUGGCACAAGGAAACACGUUUUUCCUGGAUGGACGUUUCCUGGAAAUACGUUCGUCGGGGUCACCAGUUUUAGGGGCGCUGUUGUUCGGAUCUACUUUUGGUCCCUAAUUUUAAGUCGCGAACGCGUUUAAUGUCGUGAGUACAUAACAACGAAUUUAUUUAAAUCGAUUUUUCGGGAACGGUUGAGCACGUCCGAUUGCGGUCGAAGUAGGUACGAGGAGUUGUAAAGGUUCGCGGAGCGAAGGAAUAUGUCCGUUCACUGUCGCGGCGAGAAAAAAAAAAUUGCUCGAUGACAGCAGGAAGUGAAGUGCCGGAUGUGAGUGACUGAGUGACAAGACAUUCGCCUUGCAAGAACUUUAGCGUUUGGUUAAAGUCGGGCAACUUUCCAUGUUCCUGUGUUCGUUCCCACAGCUGGACAGUUUGUUCGUCCAGCCGUGAAGUGAUGAUCUUCGUUAACAGCAAACCAGAUAAUUUGUCGACCUUGAUGUCCUGAUACUCCAAACCCCCAACGUGCCGUUGAACUGUCUUCACGAGCUCCAACAGCUCUUUGGUUCCCUUUCAGAACAGGUUUCAAAUCCAGGAGACCAGCCAGAUGUGUGUCAACAAUGACUCGGGGAUUCUCGAACUGGGACUUCAGCUUCCACGUUUGCUCGAAAUUGUUGUCCUGGAUCAUCUUCGCUGUGAUCCAACCAGAAGCAUCUCCAACCAAAGCCUUAUCCAGAUGAUGCAGCUUCAUGGCAUCGGAGUCAUUACCUUUAGCAACAAUGUCCUCAAACAUCGUCUGGAACAUUGGCCGGGUCUCCACUCUUCCGUCGAAACUGGGAAUAUGCGUUCGCAGUGGUUGUUGUCGCAUUAUGAAUUGCUGCGUACCAGUGCUAUCUGCUGGGACCACAGGCUGCGACCGAGCUUUAGAUAGCUUCUCGAUUCUGUUCAUGGCUUCGGUGUGUAGAACAUCGAAUGCCGUUAGCAUCUCAUCUUGCUCAUCGAGUUUUGAUGACGGAAUUGAAUCCAAGAUUUCGCGAUGCACGGCGUAGUAUUCUUGGUAAUGAACAUCGAGCUUCCUUGCAAAAACCUUUAGCUGCGGUUGAGUCACCUUUGUUGGGUCUUCUUUGGCUUCCUCUAGGAUGUUGUUGAUGAGAGUAACUCUGCGCUUGAUUUGGCCACGCUGGUGAAUCAGCACCUUAGCGUCGGUAGCUUCAUCCUGGGAUCUCUUCGGAGUGUGAUCCAGGCCAACCAUCUUGGUACGUAAGCCUUUCGAUGAAGCUAUUUACACUUUACCCGGAAAGCGAUGUCAAAGCCACACUCACGCUUGUUCAAAUUUGCACAGAACGCGGUUAUAAAUCACAAGAGUGAAUGCCACACGAAGACGUGUUUUUAACAAAGACGUGUUUUAUCUAGUGAAAGGAAAAAGAAACGGGGACGCGACUGCUCUCGUUCAGUUCAAGAUUGUAAGUGGUUUAUUAACAAUGAAAAAUGUCUUAUAUUCUAUUUGACUUUCUAACCCCGAUUUUCCGGGGUACGCUUUUCACUGUUUUUUCUUUAUUUACCUCGUGCCUUGUGAUGGUUCUCCUGGUCUUUUUCCUGGUUUGGGAAUCAGCACGAGCCUCUGUUUUUUUCCAGUUGUCUGGAUACUCGCCAGUGUCGAGGCAUCUUUGAUAUACGUUCUUGAACAUUGUCGGCUCCUCGAUCAUCGCUGUUGCCAAAGCAGCGUUCGGUAUACCAUCUGGACCUGGUACUUUCCCGGUCCUAGCUUUGUGGUCUGAAUUCAUAUAGUCCGGCAGUACUUCCCAUGCUGUCGUCUCCAUUAGAGAUCGGCUCACGAACGUUAGGUCGAUGGCUGACUUUCUCUCUGGCGUAACGAAGGUAUCUUGACCGUUGUUCAUUAUCACCAUCUCUAAUCCGGCGAAGGCUGCUAGUAAUGUAUCCCCUCUUAAGCGCUGUGGCUCUGCUCUUGCUCCAAGGGUGUUUGCCCAGCUUGCCGACCAUGCAUUGAAAUCUCCUGCCACAAUAAAUUUAGACGAUCCGCUGACGGUUAGAACAAUAUUAUCAAGCAGUUGCUCGAAUUCUUGCAUAGACCAGCUUGGGGGGGGGGGGGGGGGGGGGGGGCGUAAGCACUAACAAUAAGGAUGCCUCCCACCUCUACGGCUAACAUUCCUCUCGAUGCCUUGUUGACGACCUUCUGGGUAAGUUUCCACAUGUCACUAUUGCUGUCAACUGGUCCUCAUUGUACACUAUGUUGUUGUUGUGCCGUUGAUUUUUGACUGGAUUGGCGACAAUAAACACAUCUACUUCUCUUUCACGAGCGGUUUGCCACAUCAGAUUAAAGGCUGCUCCACAAUGGUUUUGGUUGUGCUGUAUUAACUUAACCAUGUUGUUGUCGUCUGGCUAUCCGGUUGGGACAUCUGAAGCUGCCUGUGAUGUGGGGCUCAACCAUAUCCCCACGGCAAUCGAGACACGUCAUAGCGUUUGGACACUCUCGGAUCUUGUGUCCCUCUUGUCCACAUUUAAUGCAGAGCUUGCUUCGAUCUUGGCCUGUGCACUCGAAGCCCUUGUGGCCCAAUUUCCAGCAUUUGAAACAUUUGACCUGGACUGUAGCCUCUCUCAGGCUGCAUACACACCAACCAACUUUCAGCUUGCCUGGAUUGAGGACACGCUCUUUCGCCGACAGAGGCACUCUGAAUGUAGCUUUUUGCGUGCCUUUUGUUCUUUCUUCUCGGACUUUGAUUUCCUUAUGGUCAAUGUUGAUCGCCAGCUGUUGCUUGAGGGCUUCAGCGAUCUCCUCAGCAACGGUGAUUUCAUCCAGGUGGGCGAUUUCGAUCAUCACCGAGGGUGCAAGUGUUCGGACGUUCGCUUUGUCCUUCAAGGCAUUUUUGAUGCCUGCUUCUACCUGCACCGCUUCCUUGCCUCGCUUCAGUACUAGCAGCAUGUCGCCGUUCUGUGUUCUUCGUACCUUGGCAACCUGGUCGCCGACAUCCUUGAGUGCAUCGUCGUGAUGUCGAUGUCUUCGCACUUCUCAAUCACCACUGCUUCGGGUCUUGGUUGUGGUCUCUUCUUUUUCUUCUUCUUGGGCUGCUUACUUUGACCCCCACUGCUCUUCGGAGUCUCUCUCUACGCAGAUGUUGGACGCGCAUUGCUGUCUUGUUUACGAGCCUCUUUUGGGACUCAACCUCUUCGUGUUUGUGGCAUAAAGGGAGCAUCUUCUGCCAGCUCGCUUGGCUGUGCCGUUUACACUUCGAUUUCCUGGGUAUUCUUCUGCUUGAGUUGUUUCUUCAACUCGCUCAUUUCCUUAACCAUUGACUCCAUAAACUCAAUCAUUUGAGCGAUCAUGCCAUCACGCAGAUCUUCAAUCGCCAGAUUGUUAGCGUAAUGCUUGAACCUCUCGAGUUGGGUUUUAUGCGAGACUUUCUUGGGUACUACAUCCUCCUCUGCCUUCGAGGCUUUCUUGUAGCUCUUUUUGCGCUUCGAUAUGAACUCAUCAAUGAGUCACUCGUGCUCUUCAUCCUCAACAUUCUUCUUGGACUUUGGUUUUCUCAUUUCCUAUUGGGUCCAAACUUCAAUCCGCUAUCUUUGUUCGACACUAUAGUCCCCUUGUUGAUGCCCCGUGGUUGGCUUUGGAUCAGGGAGCUCCACGCGAGGGUUGGCACACUACUAUUAAGCCUUUUAAUUCGUGAACCUCUUUCUUAAGGGUAAACACCUCACUAUUCUCGUCGCUUGACUCUUGUUUAACGCUACAUGCAUUCACCAUCGCCCCUUUUGAUGCUUCCCAUAUUUUGUCCGCAAUAGGUAGAAUCUCUUUUAGGUUAGUUUUCCCUAGUGAAAUCAUGGCUAUUGCUAUUGAUUUUGGUAGUCGACCUAACCAUAAACGAAAAAUCAACUUAUCUGAAAUGUCACUGGAUGAUCCUGCAAGCUGCACGAGACGACGAUGAAACUCCGACCGACUGCAAUCUCCCAUCUCGGCGUUGUAGAGAAGUUUCGAAAUCCGCUGCUCCUCACUAAUCGAUAAGCGCGUCAGCAAAGCUUCCUUCAAAUACGUAUAUCGGUUGUGCGCAGGAGGAUUCUGGACGAUGUCGAUCACUUUCUCCAGCCUCUCGAGCUUCAUGGCGGUGAGAAGAUGAGCAUUCUUGGUGCGCUCGGUUUUGGUUCCCGCGUUUUCAAACUGAGUCUCUGCUUGAAUAAACCAUGUACUUGGUGAGUUGGUCCAAAAUGGUGGCAGCUUCACAGUACUGAUCUCGAUCUCAUCCCGAAUGUUCUGCGGUGCGGUAGGUGGCGGCACGAGGCUCGUCAUCGCGGAUUGAGGUGUCGUCGAUGGAGUUGCGAAAUGUACCUCUUCUUGAGCCGCAUGAUGUACCGACGCGUUCGUCCCGUCUCCAAGUUGUGGUUGGUUUGUAGCCAUGUUUCUGUUCAGAUUCUUUUAUACCGCAAAGGAAUAACGUUACGAACGAAACCCGGACGAAUGUGAUUCUCUUGAUGGUGUGUGUAAUAUUUGCUGCAAGAUGGUGCGUGUGUAUGUGGACGCCUUGAUGAUGACGAGACUUGAAGAAACGUUUCUGUCACCAGACGUGUGCUGUGUGUUGGUGUGUGUCGUUGUGGGGUGAGCGUAACCGGAUGACGUGUAAUCCAAAAAGGAUUCUAGAAAUUAAUCCUGUUUUUUUCACUAGAACACGCACGCAGUGUUUUUUUUCGCACUUUUGAACACGCUUCAACACACGCCCGAUCGCGAUACAACGUACGCUUUUAUUCGCGCUUUUACUACACAUGCACGGUCACGUCGCUCACGUUAAUCAGAAGGCUGGCGUACUAUACGGAACAAAUCGCCACGUUGAAUGAAUCGUAGAUUCAGUGUUCUUAACAAAGAGUGUGCGAUUCUGUGAUCUCUCUUGAUCACGUCGGGGUCACCAAUAAACUGUAACACAACUGUGAACCUUUAUUUCACUUUAAAUUCCGCGACGAUACACACAGUAAGCCGAGCCAGAACCUUCUGCCUUGCUCCGGCCGAUCGCGGAUUUUUAUAUCCUCCUUGACCCUUGCGUGAAAGAGAAGAAAUGUUCUCAUCCUUGUUCCUAACGAAAGUUCCAGAACCGUUCCCUGUCUCUAAAUUUCGCAAACCGUUCACAGUCUCUACAGGACUAGUCGGUCGUUGGCUGCAUUCGAAAGGAAACUUCCGCUGGGACCGGUCGCUCCGUCGGGGAAAAAGUGUUCCUGUACGGCUUUCCUCACUAGCUGACACCUUCGGUGUCGAUUGGAACUCACGUGGGUUCGAUGUGUAUGCGCGGAGGGUUUUUUUUCGCUGGCCAAUCGUGGUGUCUCUUUCGUGGUCGGCAGCUCCUCGAUGACGGGGGGAACGUUUCCGUCGGUCCGAACCAUGGCACAAGGAAACACGUUUUUCCUGAAACCUGUUUUUGGUCCCUAAUUUCAAGUCGCGAACGCGUUUAAUGUCGUGAGUACAUAACAACGAAUUUAUUUAAAUCGAUUUUUCGGGAACGGUUGAGCACGUCCGAUUGCGGUCGAAGUAGGUACGAGGAGUUGUAAAGGUUCGCGGAGCGAAGGAAUAGGUCUGUUCACUGUCGAGGUCGGCGAGAAAAAAAAAUGUGCUCGAUGACAGCAGGAAGUGAAGUGCCGGAUAUGCGGCGAACGUCACCUUGACAAGUUCGUGUGCCUGGUGAGUGACUGAGUGACAAGACAUUCGCCUUGCAAGAACUUUAGCGUUUAGUUAAAGUCGGGCAACUUUCCAUGUUCCUGUGUUCGUUCCCACAGCUGGACAGUUUGUUCGUCCAGCCGUGAAGUGAUGAUCUUCGUUAACAGCAAACCAGAUAAUUUGCCUACCUUGAUGUCCUGAUACUCCAAACCCCCAACGUGCCGUUGAACUGUCUUCGAGAGCUCAAACAGCUCUUUGUGGUUCCCUUUCAGAACAGGUUUCAAAUCCAGGAGACCAGCCAGAUGUGUGUCAACAAUGACUCGGGGAUUCUCGAACUGGGACUUCAGCUGCUUCCACGUUUGCUCGAAAUUGUUGUCCUCAUCUCACAUCAAUGUCAUCUUCGCUGUGAUCCAACCAGAAGCAUCUCCAACCAAAGCCUUAUCCAGAUGAUGCAGCUUCAUGGCAUCGGAGUCAUUACCUUUAGCAACAAUGUCCUCAAACAUCGUCUGGAACUUUGGCCGGGUCUCCACUCUUCCGUCGAAACUGGGAAUAGGCGUUCGCAGUGGUUGUUGUUGCACUAUGAAUGUGAAGUUGGGCUUGUUUAUGGGAAGUGAAAUAAGGACAACGGAAAAUAUAUUUCGAUACGAUUUAUUUCUCGUUUCGUAGUUCACAUUUAUCCGUUCCCGUAUCGUUCCCCAAACUAACUCCUCGUCCCCAAAGCGCGCACCGCUUUUAUAGUUUCUGCCCAUCUUCCCUCUCACUCCGCGUUGCCCGCCGUAACCGCGUUCUCCUUCCUUCGCUCAUCCUCGCCCGUUCUUUACUCUUCCCCGUUUCACAUGAAUUGCUGCGUACCAGUGCUAUCUGCUGGGACCACAGGCUGCGACCGAGCUUUAGAUAGCUUCUCAAUUCUGUUCAUGGCUUCGGUGUGUAGAACAUCGAAUGCCGUUAGCAUCUCAUCUUGCUCAUCGAGUUUUGAUGACGGAAUUGAUUUCAAGAUUUCGCGAUGCACGGCGGAGUAUUCUUGGUAAUGAACAUCGAGCUUCCUUGCAAAAACCUUUAGCUGCGGUUGAGUCACCUUUGUUGGGUCUUCUUUGGCUUCCUCUAGGAUGUUGUUGAUGAGAGUAACUCUGCGCUUGAUUUGGCCACGCUGGUGAAUCAGCACCUUAGCGUCGGUAGCUUCAUCCCGGGAUCUCUUCGGAGUGUGAUCCAGGCCAACCAUCUUGGUACAUAAGCCUUUCGAUGAAGCUAUUUACACUUUACCCGGAAAGCGAUGUCAAAGCCACACUCACGCUUGUUCACACUUGCACAGAACGCGGUAUUCUAAAUUCACGGAACUUGAAUCACUUGAGUCUUUAGCGUUGUUUAAGCCACGCUUACGCUUGUUUCUGCCGACGGCGGGUUUGCGAAAUUCAACGGAAUUGUGAUUCAAAGCACUUAGGUAGCGUUGUUCUAGCCACACGAACGCUUACACACACUCACAAAGCACGAAACAACAGCAUGCGCACCGUUUGGACGCGAACAAAUACCAUUAUGAAGAAUUCAAAUAAACCUCCUCGUUAUUUCGCGGCCUUAGUGAGUAUGUGCUAAUGAAAGUAUGCGCUUCGCUGGGAAAUGGUUCACUUCACUCUAUAAGAAGACGAAGGAACAAUUGCAAGAAUAAAUACAACUUAAUAAAUAGCCAACGGGAAGGGCAACACACUAUACAAUUAUACCUUUCCAUACAAAUAUGUUUCCUCCAUCUCUGCUGUAAUGCGUAAUGCCUUCCUCGGAGGUUUCUAUACAUGUCUAUAAGAUUCCCAAAUAUUUUCGUGACGAUCGAGUCGCGUUGAGAUUUGAUUUAGUUGGUUGUUGCUUGUAUAGUUCUAAGUUUUACAUUUCUGCGUCACUAAUAUGAGGUAACGGUAAAUAGAAACUUGAGUUGAAAAUCAAAGUUGAAGAUGAAAUGUAAGUUUGAGAUCAAGUGCAAAAUUUCACUCUCUCCUUAUAUCUCUCUCCCUCGUCUUCUUCCCUUCUCCUUGGUUUCUUCCAACCAGUACAUUCGACGGUAUGUGGUACCAGACACAGUCUACUAUCCACAAGAAGGCGGUGUUGAUCGAGCUUUGCCGGACACGUGUCAGAUCAUGUAGGCAUAGUAGAAUACGCUUUCGCACCGAUUCCUUCUAUUGAGGCCCUUUAUGAAUCUCGGAAUUAAAGAAAGCUUUGCGAGUCUCACCAUUGUGGGUAAUUGCUGUAUGUGCUGUAAGUGUUUUUUCUGUUUUGAGUGCACGUUACUCCGUAGUGGAAUGAUGACGUUUUGCAUGCAUUUCAAUUUCAAUUUCAAUUCAUUCGUUUGUUAGCCUAUACAGGCUAAACAAUACCUAAAAUAGAACAGAAAUUGCAAUAGAAAAAUCUUUUCGUUUUCUUAAUGUUCGGUAGGAUAAUCUGAAAAUCCGAUGUCUUUAACUUCUCAGAAUUUGUUCAUGGUCUCGGAAAGUGUGGUGGCGAUAAAGCUCAGCUUGUUCGACUGAGCCUCGACGUCUUCGACAACGACCCAUCCGAGAUGAGUCUCUUACAGAUCAGGCAAAUCUUCUCAUAGCUGCAUGAUCACGAUCGAUGUUCCAAAAAAUGAUCAGGAUGAGCAAUAGUUUUAGGCACAGCUGAAGAGGAAUUUGCACUGUUUGUACGAUGCGAAGUAAGCAGAGAAGGGUCAAAUCGAGCCCUUUCAUGUGAACGCGGCUUAGGUAGGCCACGAUCAAUAAACUUACGAACAGUAAGGGAAACUGGCCAAAAAGUUGAUUGAAGCGCGAGAUCCUUAAGUGAUUUAUGAAUACUCACUUUAAACGAGAUAAAGGACAUCGAAUCAAGGUUCACACCCUUUUUCGUGAGAUGGUAAACAUCAAUAUUGUCAGUUGGUAGUACAGCAUUAAGCCACACACGCAUGAUGUAUGAUUGUUGUGGUUGCAGUUAACGCUGGUAUCAGAAGCUUCCACAGUGUUGGUAUCUGAUUGAGCUGAUAAAUGUACCGCGAGAGGUUUCAGUUUUGGUCGUUCUGGUUGUAUUAGUGGCAUUGAGUAACGUUACAUUAAUGGAAGUGUGCGUUCGCGAUGCGUUAGAAUCAGACGGCUUAGCUAAUAUGGGAGGUAGCUUAUCAGCGAGAGCGAGGAUCUCGGGAAGCAAAUCGCUCUUGAUAGCCAAUCUAAGGGAAGAGAGAGAUGAAUCAAUUGAGGUGAGAAUAUCUGUUUUCACCAACUCGAGUAGUGUUGCUAUCUCACAAGUGAGAAGCGAUUUUGUGCCAUUGCGAAACUCUUUACAUGUUUUGCACAACCACAAUAACUGAUUAUUUCGACCAAGUUCACGAGUAGAAUCACGGGAUAAACCAGUACAAUGGGUAUGAUGCUUGGAACCACAAACACCGGCGCAUGACACUGAAUUGUCACUAUCGGUGGGUGCUUUGCUGGUUGAGAACUGCAUAAUGAUGACACAGCACAAACUGAUGAGCGUCAGGAGCAGGAACAAAGCCAAUCACUAUCUCGGCAAACCGUCGAAAAUAACAGGAGACAGGAGACAGGUGCAAGAACUCCAGUGCAACUUAACAGCAAUCCAAGGCACGCACCAACCAGUGCAAAAAACUCAGCAGCAUCAAUGUUACAAAUGAUGCAAAUGUUGCAAUUCAGGAAUAUACACGACAUUAUAGUACCAAAAAUCAACCACUCCAGAGCACGAGCAAGACACAACCAUUCGGUUUGACAGUCAAUCGCUCUCUGAAAAUGUCAUCGAUACCCUGUUAUUUUGUAUGGUGGCAAAAUGUGGGAACCAUUCGCUAAAAUCGCGGACAUGCGUCUCUUGUUGCACACUGCAGCUGCAGUCUGAUUUGGCGUUAGCUAUUCCAGUACGAUGCAGUGCGUGUGCGUAUCGAAACUAGACCUGUCUAGACGGUGUGGAAUGUUCGUCACAGUAGUGUAUGCACACAUACACUAACACACUCACAUCGACUUGCAAUUCGGUCUGCGGCUAUCGUGAGAACGAGCCGAACGAUGCGUCCAUCCCGUGGGCUCAACGUCACGAUAGCCAUGUUCAAGGUUGCUUACAGCUGUAAUGGUCUGCAUAAGGCCCGGGUAUCAAUCCAAUUGAGAAUUUGUAGCAUACUGUUAAACGUGUUUAUGGAACCGGUUUAAAUCGGCUUGGAAAAGCUUCCAACCCAAGGACAUCGAGUAGCUUGCUUCUUUAUAGUACUCUUGUAAAAGCUACCCGGUGCCGUUGACUUGCGGUGAGCGGACUUAUCCACCAUCGCUGCAAUUUUCUAAUCUGUGGGACCAAGCGCGCGCUAAUAUGUUGCACCUAUGCCAUCGGCACAGAUUUGCUCGUUGAUAACAACACCUACAUUAUUGUUCUAUGCAUAAAUGCUUUUGGCCAUGCGCACAUACAGUUGUGGUAGCGGAAUUGAUGGCGGUGCUAAUGAGUAUAAUCUACCUUUCAAUGCAAUCCUACUAGCGCGCACUAUCCCAUGCAGAAACUUUUUCAUUUUUACUUUCUACACCUUUAAACCAGGUUCUAAACGCAGCGGCAUCGCACACUGUCAUUAAUCCACUGAUCUCUCGGUGAAUCGAAUUACCAAUAAACGAUCAUCUAAUUAUCCUUCAAUCUGCUAUAACAUAUGGAACAGGAAAUGUAAAAUUAUUGCCAGCAAAUAGGAACAGAUUGUUGAAAUGCCAUUAAAACUUACGAAAUCAAACGCAAAUUGUACUAUGAAUGAAUAAAAAUGCUAAGAUUGCUAACUA